UGUCACAGCGCUGCGACGUCACCGGUUGGAAGCGGAAGUGGCUGUCAGGUCUGUGGCUGUAGAUGAAGACGUGAGAGGAGUCUGAAAAAUGUUUAGAAAUACUUAUAAACCUGUAAAAAGGACAGUUUUACUCCAGCAGUCAUGAAGACAGUGUUUGUGACCGUCGGCACCACAAGCUUUGAUGACCUCAUUGAAAGCAUCACGUGUCCAGAGACAGUUCAGGCUUUAAAGGCUCGUGGAUAUGAGCGUUUGGUUCUUCAAGUUGGAAGAGGAUCUCUUCUGCCUGCUGCUGACAGCUGUCCACACGUCAGACUGGAGGCUUUUCGAUUCAAAAGCUCUAUAGCAGAAGACAUCGAGCAGGCGGACCUCGUUAUCAGCCAUGCAG